GUGCUGCCAAUCGAUCAUUUCUACCUGGACAUGAAUGGCAUAAUCCAUACCUCUUCGCACUGUGAAGACAUGGCCUUUAAGGCCUUCGACGAGGCCAAGGUCUUUGCCAACAUAGAGGACUACAUCACAUACCUUGUGGCAUUGAUGAAACCUCGAAAGACUCUCUACCUGGCUGUCGACGGUGUCGCUCCAAGGGCCAAGAUGACGCAACAACGUGCUCGGCGUUUUCAGUAA